ACUUGACGGAGACUCUCCAAACUAUCCAACUUAUUCAAAACGUCAUGGCUUCUUUGCCAUCAAGGCUUUGCACUCUUUGCGAAGGCAUAUUUAAAGGGGAGCUCCCAGACAGUCGCCAGUGGCUUUCACAUCACAAGAGAGCGGACCUCCUGGCCGCAUCGCAUCAUGGCUGCUUUAUCUGCCGAACCGUCGUGAAGAGCCGCUCUUGGGAUGCAUUUCCUGAGCAGGCUUGGGAUACUUUUCAGUAUCAUAUUUUAUACGAGCGAGGCCAAUCUGGCCUUGAAUUUCAAGGAUUGACUAUUCGUCCAUCGUUGAAUACAGGAGCAAGAUGGAGUUUCAGAAACGAAACCCUCGGCCGUGGAAAACAAUCAUCCGACUUCUAUACUCCACGGACGGAUCCUUUUGGCUCUGAUCUUCCUCAAAAGUGGAUCCAAGACUGUAUCGACAAUCAUACAAUAUGCAACCAGGGUGAUCUGUCAUAUCGCCCGACAAGAUUAUUGGAGAUUAUCGAUUCCAAACGGCUGAGACUUGUAGAGACUUCCACAAGCUCGACUGGGCCAUACGUCUCCUUCUCUCACUGUUGGGGCAACCAGGAGAUGCUUAUGCUGAAAGCCGAGAAUCUUGACCAGUUUCGCACCGGGAUUCCAGUGGAAGACCUCCCUAAAAAGUAUCAAGAAGCGAUUAACUUCUCUUCUCGUCUUAAUAUUCAUUUUAUAUGGAUCGACUCGCUCUGCAUUAUUCAGGAUGAUGGAGAAGACUGGCAACGCGAGGCUAUUACUAUGAAGAAAGUCUAUGGUUGUUCCUUACUCAAUAUAUGCUCCGCCGCAGCCGCGGACGUUAACGGCGAAAGCUUUCGCGGAAGGGAUCCGGGUAUAAUGGAAGCUCUGUUCUUUACUUCAUCUUGGGAUGGUGAGGAGCGAAAAAGCGUCUACCUUGAGUACGACACGAUGUGGGACGAUAUCCUGAACUCCCCAUUAAGGAAGAGAGCAUGGGUCUUUCAAGAGUGGUACCUAUCUCCUCGAUCACUCAUCCUCGCCCAUAGCCAAUUAUGGUGGCACUGUCGAAAAAGGGUAGCUUGCGAGCAACACCCGGAAAACCACUGGAAUGGAAGGUCUAUUGAAGGAAUGAAAGACAACAAACCAAAAGCAAAACCGUGGCUCUCAGGUGCCCAAAUCUGGGAGACAUAUGUCCGAGAGUACGUUGGGACCCGUCUAACCCAAGAGUCCGACCGGCUCAUUGCAUUUGCGGGAGUUGCUCAGGGAUUUGGCCAGUCUCAGAAAGAGAUACAUGAUCAGUAUGACCCAGAGAACAUUAGACCCGACCUGCUUGUUGAUGGAUCUUCCAAGAUAUUUGAUCAGUAUCUGGCUGGAUUAUGGCGCUCGCAUUUGCCUCAAGCUCUGUGUUGGGGAACUGAUAACACCUUCACCAGAUCAAUGCGAACGUCCGCAUACACGGCCCCUUCUUGGUCUUGGGCUUCUAUGACAGGUCCUAUUCAGCUAGCGGGCCUCGCACCAUUUGCUAACGACACUUUUGUCUCCGUUGAAUCCGUUUGGCUCAAGCACGCCGAUGAGAGCCACAGUACAGGUCUUAUCCAUGGCGGAUAUAUCAAGCUCCGAGGGCAUCUUAUCGGACCACUUACUUUGGAACACCAGGAGUUGCCAAAGGUUAGCUCCAAAGGCCGCAUUGAAGUUGACGAUGCUACAAAAUACCUGCCCAAAGUUACUGACGGUGGUAAUUUCGACACCUGGGGUGGUGUCUUAUAUCCCGAUGAAAUGACACAAGACACGUCUGAUAGGAUAGUUCCCUUACUAUCCUAUUUGGACAACCUCACUCCAGGUCUCUGUGAAAGGGGUAUCAUCGACAAUGCAUCGAGAAAGACUAAGCGAUUGGAAGAAGCCAAGGGUCGUUACUUUUGCUUACCUGUUGUGCGGGAUGAGUGUUUUGUGAAGAAUGGGCGUUUUCUCUUUGAGGAUUCGUUUGAAACUCUCUACUGCCUUGCUUUGUUUCAACCUACACAUCAAGAUACCGUUUUCCAUCGUAUUGGGAUGAUAAGGUUCGAGAAGGAGAUACCGAGUGAGCAGUUUGAAGGUACUUAUGCUAAAACUACAAUUACGAUAUUAUAAGAUUAGUGAUUAGUAUUACCAGAACCUCGCAGGUCAGGCAAUUCAAUAUAGUUUGGACAUCUUGCUACCUGUUCUCCUAACAAAGGCUGAUACACAGAAAACUAUUCCAGGUUUCCGAGUCCCCUACAAACAUAUCUCUGGUGUGCCAUGCAAGAACAUACGGGAUAAAUUCAUCGAAGCCUUGAACG